CCCCGAAGAGUUGCCCGGUGGCCGCGGCAGACGGAAGCCGAGCGAGAGCCUCGGCGGCGGCAGGAUGGGAGACUCCAAAGUGAAAGUUGCCGUCCGGAUCCGGCCCAUGAACCGAAGAGAAAUUGACUUGCAUACCAGAUGUGUGGUGGACAUAGAUGCAAACAAGGUUAUUCUCAGUCCUGUAAAUACCAAUGUUUCCAAAGGAGAUGCCCGAAGCCAGCCAAAGGUAUUUGCAUAUGAUCAUUGUUUCUGGUCUAUGGAUGAAUCUGUCAGAGAAAAGUAUGCAGGUCAAGAUGAUGUUUUCAAGUGCCUUGGGGAGAAUAUCCUUCAGAAUGCUUUUGAUGGCUACAAUGCAUGUAUCUUUGCCUAUGGACAGACUGGAUCUGGAAAAUCUUACACCAUGAUGGGCACAGCUGACCAACCUGGAUUAAUCCCAAGACUUUGCAGUGGACUCUUUGAACGAACCCAGAAAGAGGAAAACGAAGAGCAGAGUUUUAAAGUAGAAGUGUCCUAUAUGGAAAUUUACAAUGAAAAAGUUAGAGACCUUCUUGAUCCCAAAGGAAGCCGUCAAACUUUAAGAGUCAGAGAGCACAGUGUGUUGGGACCCUAUGUCGAUGGACUUUCUAAACUGGCUGUCACAGGCUACAAGGAUAUUGAAUCUUUGAUGUCUGAAGGCAACAAAUCUCGUACAGUUGCUGCAACCAACAUGAAUGAGGAGAGCAGCCGAUCACACGCAGUCUUCAAAAUCACCCUCACACACACUUUAUAUGAUGUGAAGUCCGGGACAUCUGGAGAGAAAGUGGGCAAGCUGAGCUUGGUUGAUUUAGCCGGCAGCGAGCGAGCGACGAAAACGGGAGCGGCAGGUGACAGGCUGAAGGAGGGCAGCAACAUUAACAAGUCCCUCACAACCCUCGGUCUGGUUAUCUCAGCCCUAGCAGAUCAGGGUGCUGGCAAAAACAAGAAUAAAUUUGUUCCAUAUCGUGACUCAGUUCUCACUUGGCUGCUCAAAGACAGUCUUGGGGGUAACAGCAAGACAGCCAUGGUAGCUACUGUGAGUCCGGCCGCUGACAACUAUGAUGAAACCCUUUCAACCCUGCGGUAUGCAGAUCGUGCCAAGAACAUUGUGAACCACGCUGUGGUGAAUGAGGAUCCCAAUGCACGGAUUAUCCGGGAUCUCCGGGAAGAAGUAGAAAAACUCCGAGAGCAGCUAACCAAAGCAGAGGCAAUGAAAUCUCCAGAGCUGAAAGACCGGCUGGAAGAAUCAGAGAAGCUAAUCCAGGAAAUGACUGUGACCUGGGAGGAGAAAUUAAGGAAAACCGAGGAGAUUGCCCAGGAGCGACAGAAACAGCUUGAGAGUCUUGGAAUAUCUCUUCAAUCUUCUGGAAUUAAAGUUGGGGAUGAUAAAUGUUUCCUCGUUAAUCUGAAUGCUGAUCCUGCUCUGAAUGAACUUCUGGUUUACUACUUAAAGGAACAUACACUGAUAGGUUCAGCAAAUUCCCAAGAUAUCCAACUAUGUGGAAUGGGAAUUUUUCCUGAACAUUGUAUCAUAGACAUCACAUCAGAAGGCCAGGUUAUGCUGACUCCUCAAAAGAACACCAGAACAUUUGUAAAUGGCUCUUGUGUAUCCAGUCCUAUUCAGCUACACCAUGGGGACAGGAUAUUAUGGGGGAACAACCACUUCUUCAGACUUAAUUUGCCUAAAAAGAAAAAGAAAGCAGGUGGAGAGGAUGAGGAACAAGACACGUCCAUGAAGAAUGACACCAGUUCUGAGCAGCUGGAUGUGGAUGGGGACUCGUCCAGUGAGGUGUCCAGCGAAAUCAACUUCAAUUACGAGUACGCGCAGAUGGAGGUAACCAUGAAGGCUCUGGGCAGUAACGAUCCCAUGCAGUCAAUACUGAACAGCCUAGAACAACAGCACGAAGAGGAGAAACGGUCUGCAUUGGAGCGCCAGAGGCUCAUGUAUGAACACGAACUGGAGCAGCUCCGGAGACGGCUGUCUCCUGAGAAACAAAACUGUCGUAGUUCGGACAAGUUUUCCUUCCACUCACCCAGCGCUCAGCAGCGAUUGAGGCAGUGGGCAGAAGAGAGAGAAGCAACACUGAAUAACAGCCUGAUGAGGCUGAGGGAACAAAUCGUUAAGGCCAAUCUGUUGGUGAGAGAAGCUAGUUACAUUGCGGAAGAACUGGAUAAACGAACAGAGUAUAAAGUAACCCUACAGAUUCCAGCUUCCAGCCUCGAUGCCAACAGGAAGCGAGGCUCUCUCCUUAGUGAACCUGCCAUCCAGGUGAGAAGAAAAGGAAAAGGGAAGCAGAUUUGGUCUUUGGAAAAACUGGACAACAGGUUAUUGGAUAUGAGAGAUCUUUAUCAGGAGUGGAAGGAGUGUGAAGAAGAUACCCCAGUGAUACGGUCUUACUUCAGGCGUGCAGAUCCGUUCUACGAUGAGCAGGAAAAUCACAGUCUCAUUGGGGUGGCUAAUGUCUUCCUGGAGUCCCUCUUCUAUGAUGUGAAGUUACAAUAUGCUGUUCCAAUCAUCAACCAGAAAGGAGAGGUGGCAGGCCGGCUGCACGUAGAGGUGAUGCGCAUUAGUGGUGACAUCGGGGAGAGAAUUGCGGGAGGUGAUGAGGCUGCGGAUGCGUCCUUCGAUAAGGAGGCCCAGGAGAGCAAACUCGUGUGCAUGGUUAAAAUACUUCAAGCCACCGGGUUGCCACAGCAUCUGUCCCACUUUGUAUUCUGCAAAUACAACUUCUGGGACCAACAGGAGCCAGUAAUUGUUGCACCCGAGGUGGAUACCUCAUCCUCUCCUGUCAGCAAGGAACCUCAGUGCAUGGUUGUCUUUGAUCACUGCAGUGAAUUUUCUGUUGGCAUCACUGAAGACUUUAUCGAGCAUCUUUCAGAAGGUGCUUUGGCAAUUGAAGUCUAUGGCCAUAAGAUGAAUGAUCCUCGGAAAAACCCAACCCUGUGGGAUUUGGGGAUUAUCCAAGCAAAAACACGCAGUCUUCGGGACAGAUGGAGCGAAGUCACCAGGAAAGUGGAAUUCUGGGUUCAAAUCUUGGAACAGAAUGAGAAUGGUGAAUACUGCCCUGUAGAGGUAAUUCCUGCAAAGGACGUGCCAACAGGUGGAAUCUUCCAACUCCGGCAGGGGCAGUCCCGGCGAGUCCAAGUGGAAGUGAAGUCUGUGCAGGAAUCUGGGACUUUACCGCUGAUGGAAGAAUGUAUAUUGUCUGUUGGCAUUGGAUGUGUAAAAGUCAGGGCGCCCAGAUCGCCCAAGACUCAUGAAACCAUCCAUGAGGAAGAGGAGGACAUGGACAGUUACCAGGAUCGGGAUUUAGAGAGACUACGUAGAAAAUGGCUAAAUGCAUUAACAAAGCGUCAGGAGUACUUAGAUCAACAACUGCAAAAGCUUGUCAGUAAACAUGAUAAAACAGAGGACGAUGCCGACCGGGAAGCUCAACUCCUCGAGAUGAGGUUGACUCUGACUGAGGAGAGGAACGCGGUCAUGGUCCCCUCGGCCGGCAGUGGGAUUCCAGGGGCCCCGGCAGAAUGGACGCCGGUUCCUGGGAUGGAAACACACAUUCCUGUUAUAUUCCUUGACUUAAAUGCUGAUGAUUUCAGCUCUCAGGAUAAUCUUGAUGACCCAGAAGCUGGUGGAUGGGAUGCUACUCUGACUGGAGAAGAAGAGGACGAGUUCUUCGAACUGCAGAUUGUCAGACAGCAUGACGGAGAGGUGAGAGCGGAAGCCUCCUGGGAUUCCGCAGUGCACAGCUGCCCUCAGCUGAGUAAAGGCACACCUGCGGAUGAGCGAGUGUUUCUCAUCGUGCGGGUGACGGUCCAGCUCAGCCAUCCGGCCGACAUGCAGUUGGUAUUACGCAAGCGCAUUUGUGUCAGUGUUCACGGCCGGCAGGGUUUUGCUCAGAGUCUCCUAAAAAAGAUGUCACAUCGAAGUUCUAUUCCAGGCUGUGGAGUGACCUUUGAAAUUGUCUCCAAUAUUCCAGAGGAUGCCCAGGGAGUAGAGGAACGAGAAGCAUUAGCAAGAAUGGCAGCUAAUGUUGAAAACACGGCUUCUGCUGACUCGGAGGCGUAUAUUGAGAAAUACCUCAGGAGUGUGCUGGCAGUGGAGAACCUUCUCACGUUGGAUCGUCUUCGCCAGGAAGUUGCAGUGAAGGAACAGUUGACGGGAAAAGGCAAGCUGAAUAGGAGGAGUAUUAGCUCUCCAAAUGUGAACAGACUGUCUGGCAGCCGACAGGAUCUUAUUCCAUCCUACAGUCUAGGUAGCAACAAGGGCCGGUGGGAAAGUCAACAGGAUGUAUCGCAAACUGCCGUUUCUAGAGCAAUCACUCCAGCUGCCCCAUCUCCCCCUGGUUGUCCCCAAAAUAACCAUUCUCCUGAUCCAGGACUCAGUAACCUAGCAGCCUCCUACUUGAGUCCAGUGAGAUCCUUCGUGCCGCAGAUGCCGAAGCUGCUGAAGUCUCUCUUCCCCGUCCGCGACGAGAAAAGGGGCAAGCAGCCAUCUCCCCUCACACAUCAGCCCGUGCCUCGAAUCAUGGUGCAGUCAGCCCUCCCGGAUGCCGGGACGCCCAGGACGCUGGAGGCUCAGCGAGAGAGCGCGGGGCUGCGCGGGGCCCCCGACGUGCCCGUGGCCUCGCCGGCCGCCCCCUCGCCCAAGACCUGCGACGGGCCCCCGAGACCCGCGCCCACCUCCCCGGCCCCUGAGGGCGCGGACGGGCCGCCCAGCCCCCUGAGCGAGGCGUCCAGCGGCUACUUCUCGCACAGCGUCUCCAGCGCCACCCUGUCGGACGCCUGCGGCCCCGGCCUGGAUGCUGCGGCGUCGCCCCCGCCCGGCCCCGGCCCGGCCACCCCCGAGCCCGAGCCCCCGGCCGCGCCCGUCACGUCCCGCGCCCUGCCCGGCCCGGCGGAGCGGAUGGCACCGGGAGACGGCGCGGCCGCGGCCCCCGUCGGGGCUGCAGCGGUGAAGCGGGACGAGGCGGCAGGCCCCCCCGCGCCUGACCGGCGGGGCAGGAGUGACCCUGCCGCCGCCCCCCAGAAGCCGGAGAGCCCCCAGCCCCAGGCGAAGCCGGCCGCCGGCCCAGGGCCCGACGUCUCCAGGCCGCCGCCGCCUGCUGACCCCCGGUGCCAGCCGCCCGCUCCGGCCCCUCCCUUCAGGAUCCAGAAGGUGCGGACCUCGGAGCUGAAGUCAUUCACACGCAUACUCGGCGGGGACCCCGGCGGCCCCUUGGGGAGUGAGGAGGACCCGCUGGCCUCAGGGGGCCCGGGCGACGGCAGCGCUGGGGCACAGGCCCCGGUAAGGUUGGAAGUCUCCUCGGAUUCUGAAGAAGCCAGUGAGGUCCCAGAGUGGCUCAGAGAGGGAGAAUAUGUGACCGUGGGCCCCAACAAGACGGGCGUCGUGAGAUACGUGGGGCCCACUGACUUCCAGGAGGGCACGUGGGUCGGAGUGGAGCUAGACUUACCUACAGGUAAGAACGACGGCUCCAUCGGCGGGAAGCAGUACUUCAAGUGCAACCCCGGCUACGGGCUGCUGGUGAGGCCGGGCCGCGUGCGCAGGGCGGUGUGCGCGGGGCGGCGGCGCAGCGCGGGGCUCCGGCCGCAAGGCGCCCCCGAGUCCCGCAGGAGCGGCGCGCUCUCUGGCUCCGCCACCAACCUGGCCUCGCUGACGGCGGCGCUGGCCAAGGCCGAGGGCGCCCCCGGGAACCCGGAGAACCGCAAGUCCUGGGCCAGCUGAGCGGCGGGGUGGCCGCCUCCUGUCCUUCCUGGGCGACGGACAGAGGGCGCGGGGCCCCUCCGAGCCUUUGCGGGAACAGCCCCGGGCGGGCCCUCCAGCCCCUCUCCGUGGGGACAGGCCGGGAAUGCUUUCUGCCCGUCGCGGGGCUGGUGACCUCUCCCUGUUUCUCCCUCUCCCCAGAGAGUGAGGCGGCGUCGCAGCGGGGCCGCGGGUGGAAGGUUCUAGGAGCCCAGCGUGGUCCCGGAUUGUGGAGAGCGGGGUUCCGCCGUCUUCCUGGGCCUGGGGCCGCCCCGACUGCGGCCGCUGUGGCUCUUUUUUCUGUGCUGGUGACCCCGUUAACCUCUUAAUUUAAAGCAUAAUCGUUACUCGUGCCUUUUCCUCCCGCGGAGGCGCCUCGCACCCGCGUAGCCCCCAGCACCCCUCCCCACGUCAAGUGCCUGGGGCCCUGGGCCUGCCCCCUCCCGCCUUUCCCUCUUCCUUUCCACGGGGUUUCUUAGAGCUUUCUUUGUGGAUGUUUUAGGGUCUUUAUACCCAGGAAGUUUUUUCUCUUUGCCAUUUAUUCCCUUAACAGAGUUCUUGGAAUAUAUUUAUUAUAUUUAUUUUUUCAAAAUCCGAAAUUGUUCGCGAGCCACAAUCAUCCUCCCGGUGUGAGUGCCCAGGGCCUGCCUUGCGUCGCCAGCCUCUGUGGCCGCUCGGGAGCUGCCAGCCUCCUGCCUCGGGCGGGCUUCCCGGAGGACGCUGCUCCUCCUCGUGUCCUUUAUCGCAGAAACACAAGUGGCCUUACUCUAAGCUGACAGUGAAAACUUGGAGAAUUCUGUUGUGCUUCUGUGGUCAGUGACAAAGUCGGUCAGAGGCAUCGUGGCCUUGGUGCUGUUUUGGUUCUGGGAGGGUCCUUAGACCAGCUCAGCUUUGUGGCGGUUCUGUGCCCUGAGGCCCGCCCAGCCUGGGGCUGCAGCCUGGCAGGCGGAGGGAGAGCUGCCCACCCCGCUGCCGGCGGGGUUUAUCCCUGGGAGCCUCGCAGAGCCACAGGCCAGGCCGGCCCGGAUGGCGCUGGGGACGGCGUGAAUCAUCCCAGAGCAUCGCCUGGCCCCGCCAGGACAGCCCUGGUCCAGAGCCCUUUCUCCACCGGUGCCUCUGGUAUUACCAGGGUGGUGGCCCAGUGACCUGGUGCCCCAGGUCUGUGGCGGGCCACCACUUGUACUCCCUCGUGUCCUCAGCUGGCUUUCCGAGGGACACCUGCCGGCCGUGUCCCUGAAUUAAGCGCUCCCAACUCUGUGCCAGCUCUUCUGCGGAAGCUCCUUGCCCGCACGGAAGGAAGCUCUCCUUCAGGCCUGUUUUCAGUGCGAGGUUCUCCUCCGUGGAUGCCAGCACCACCGCUCCCUGGGAGGGCGGCUCUCGCUCCCAGAGCCUCAGGUGACCUGCCCGGGGGCAGAAAGUCCGCACCCGGCGCAUUGGAGAGAAGACGCCAUAGAAAUGGGUGGUUUGGGUGUUUGUGACCCUCAUUUACGGAGCCAAGUACUUGCUGGGGCCCAUCUGCCCUGUGACGGGCGUCGCAACCUCGCAGAACGGGCUCGGGACGGUCAGUCGGGGGAUGUGAAGGGUUGGGCUCUUUUUGUCGUCAGUUGAGUUGAAGUGGAAGAGAUGACAGCCGAGUCACUGCCCUGAGCAGGUUUUUGGCCGGAGCUCGCGGGGGGCCAGGAGGAGCCCUGGUGUCUGGAGAGGCCUCAGGCGCCCUUCCCCUUCUCCCGGCCUCCCCUCCGCCUCCUCCCGGGGCCUGCUUUUCAGACGUCCCCAGUUCCGCCUGCCUGAGAGUGUCCCACCAGCCCUGCCCAGCAUCUCUGCCCCCAGGGAAGCAGCGUUUCCUUAGAGCCCUUGACCUUGUGUUGCCGGGACUGGGGGCAGUGGCCAGAGCCCGUUGUGUGCAGAAGUGGUGCUUUCUCCUGGGAGGAAAGCACUGUCGCUGCUCUCGAGUCUGUAGCUCCCAGCUUGCCUGGGGUUUUCUCAGAAUGAAUCGGGUUUGGGCCUGUGCUGGUGGCAUUAGAGAGGCCACGUCGUCCCGUCGGCGUUCCUGGUGAGCUCCUCCCGCGGCCAGAGAGCAACACGCGGGCCGCCCUGGGCAUCCUCAUCUGUCAGCACUGCUGGCAGAAGGCAGCUGCUGGCCUGGCUCUCCUGACCCAGCUCUGGGCCCUGGUUGGCCCGGGACCCUGGAGGGCAGUGAGGCGGCCCCUGGAAGAGCAGAGCAGGGCGUGGGGGCCGUGCUGGGUCCUCGCAGGGGUACGGGGCUGGCAGUCCCGACCCCCGCCCUCUGGCUCCAUGGCCCGCACAUCCCUUUGGGCCGCUGUGUUGGUGGGUGGAGCGGGGGCUCCCGGGACGCUCUCGGCCUCUCUCUCGCUGCCGCCGGCUUCCUGGGCGGCUCGGGGCGGGGGGACCGUCCUGCUCCCGGGUGGUGAAGGAAGCCCGCCCGGCUCCUUGGUGCAGACUCGUGUUAGCUUGUGAAUGGAAGAGCUGCGGUCCCUAAAGCCAGGAGCCGGGCAGUCCCCGCACCCUGAGUUAUUGGGCGGAGGGCGGAGGGUGGAGGGAGGAGGGACUCCCCCUUCCCUGCGUCUUCUGUCCUCGCCUUACUAACACACAGACCUAAUUUUCAAUAAAUGUCAGCAUUAGGAUCCCUGAUGCGGUUCCCAGCAGGUCAGGUUCCGGGAUUUAGUAAGACAGCAGGAGCGGCGGCUGCGUGGCGCUCGGGAGGGACCGUCCGUCUGUGGCUCCCAGCCGCGCGAGGACAGGUCAAGGCCGGGUGGGAGCCCUCCUGGCUUCUGCCUCCUGCUCUGUACACACACGGUCACUGGCCCGGACCCCAGAGGACUGCGGGGGGCAGUGCGGGGGGCUGUCCCCCAUGCCCGGCCUGGCCGGAGGGAGCAGGAGGGCGAGAGAACCUGGCGGGGGGCUGGGGUGGCCGGCCAGCGGGUCAGGCCCCUGUGCUUGGUGAGCUGUGAGCGGGCCCCUUGGAGAGCCGGAAAGGCCUAGGAGGUGUUCAGACCCUCACGCCCCCCCAGCCCCCGUUACUUCCUCCUCCUGGAUUAAAGUUCCCCGUCUGUGAAACUGACCAGGCGGCCACGGGUGCAUAUUUUCUCGGCUACGAUGAGCCACACUUGCCCGAGGCCUGCCUGCUCUCACACGCCGCCAGCUCCCAGGAUCACCGCCCCGCCUGUCUGUCUGUCGCUCCUCAGAUGGACAGACAUCUCUCCGGGAUGGGUUGUGCGGCCUGAGACCCUUGACUCCACUGCCCCCAUUGUCCCCAUGUGCACCCUUCUCUCGGAGGAAUCCUUCAUGCCUUCUGCGUGCUGCUGACUAAUCGUGCUGGGAGAGUCUUGGAGCAGCUCUGUGCGUGGAGUUCUGUAAAUAUGACGGGUUCACAUAAAGGAGUGAUUUUGUUUGGGAGACUGUAUUGAUUUGCUACACAUGAAAUGGGAGUUAAGAAAAAUCCAAAGACUCUGUAAUGAAUUGUAAAGACUUAAUGAUUUGUACUGUAUAAUGAACUAAACCUCUGUAAUUUUGUACCGUAUACGCCUUUCCGUCACGUGACCAACAGCCUCUAAAUAAAACCAUUUGGUCUCCGG